AUUGCCGUCUCCACUCUUCGCAUGAAGUUGCAACAACAUGUCAAACACAUUCUACUCAUACACAUUGAGUUUGACAGCUAAUUUUGCGCUUCAAAACAAUGUUGGCGCCAAUUCUUCACUGCGAAAACAAAACUGUGUGAGAGUCGAGUUAUUUAAAGUGAUUGUUUGCCACGAAAUUACCAGUCAAAUCGAACAAUAUUUAAAGUUGAGCUAAAAAAAUGAUGAAUAACAAACGCAAACCCGGCCCAUAUCCACCAAAACCAGGCGGAUCAAACAAUUUUCCAAAGAAAUUUCCCAAGCAAGACGAUGAUGACGAUGACGAUUUCAUGGGAAGCAAUUUUGAAAUGGAAUUGGCUAAUAUGGACCAAGGCGAUGAACAAAUGCUGCUUGGCGAAGGACCCGAAAAUCAGCACACAAAUGUCAAAUGGGCUCGUCCGGAUCCACCUGAAAUCAAUCCGAGAACCGACAGCAUUACAUUCCAACAAAUCGAUGUCGAAAAUUACGUCGGCCGAGCAAUGGCUGGAAUGCCAGGCGCUCAAAGUGGCCCCUGCCAAGUGAUUCGUAUGUUUGGUGUUACAAUGGAUGGCAAUUCAGUAUGUUGUCAUGUUCAUGGAUUUGCUCCGUACUUUUAUAUCGGUUCACCGACUGGUUUCGAUCAUACACACUGUCAACCGUUCAAAGAUGCAUUGGAUAGAGCUGUCAUAGCUGAUUUGCGAUCCAACAGAGAAGGCCUACAAGAAGCUGUCUUAGAGGUGUCAAUCGUACAGGGUAAAUCAUUGUACGGCUAUCACGGUGACGAGAAUCAGGAAUUCAUCAAAAUCACAUUGGCUCUGCCACGACUCAUCGCUGCUGCCAAACGAUUGCUCGAAAAGACAAUUAUCUAUAGCCAGUUUGACUUUCAAGACUGUCGCGCGUACGAAAGUAAUAUCGAUUUUGACAUUCGUUUUAUGGUUGACACUAGCGUUGUCGGAUGCAGUUGGAUUGAAUUGCCACCAGGUACAUAUCGGCAGCGGUCAAAAUUUGGCAUGCCUUCAAUUGAAUCUCGAUGCCAAAUCGAAGUUGAUGUUGCAUUCGAUAAAUUUAUUGCACAUGAACCAGAAGGUGAAUGGGCCAAAGUGGCUCCAUUCCGUAUUCUCAGCUUUGAUAUUGAAUGUGCCGGUCGUAAAGGUAUUUUCCCAGAGCCAAAUCAUGAUCCAGUCAUUCAGAUUGCCAAUAUGGUGAUUCGGCAAGGUGAAAGCGAACCAUUUCUACGUAAUGUUUUCACAUUGAACACAUGUGCACCGAUCGUUGGAUCACAAGUCAUUACCAAUCAGACUGAAACGGAUUUGCUCGAAAAAUGGUCGCAUUUCAUUCGUGAAGUUGAUCCAGACAUUCUUACCGGCUACAACAUCAACAAUUUCGAUAUUCCGUAUCUACUGAAUCGUGCACAUCAUUUGAAAGUGAAGAAUUUCGAAUACUUGGGUCGAAUCAAGAAUAUUCGAUCAGUCAUAAAGGAAACGGUAAUCCAGUCGAAGCAAAUGGGCCGUCGUGAAAAUAAGUAUGUGAACUUUGAAGGUCGUGUGCCGUUCGAUUUGUUGUUCGUGCUAUUGCGAGACUACAAACUACGUUCGUACACACUCAAUGCGGUGAGUUAUCAUUUUUUGCAAGAGCAAAAGGAAGAUGUCCACCACAGUAUCAUCACCGAUCUGCAGAAUGAAAGCGAUCAGACGCGUCGUCGUUUGGCCAUUUACUGCAUCAAAGAUGCUUAUUUGCCACUGCGUUUGUUGAACAAAUUGAUGUGUAUCGUGAACUACAUGGAAAUGGCACGUGUAACUGGCGUUUCAUUGGCAAGUCUGCUGACGCGUGGUCAACAAAUCAAAGUUGUAAGUCAAUUGUUACGAAAAGCAAAAACGGCCGGCUAUUACAUGCCAACACACACUGGACAAUCGGGCGAAGACCAAUACGAAGGUGCCACUGUCAUUGAACCAAAACGUGGCUACUAUUCGGAUCCAAUUACAACACUCGAUUUUGCAUCGCUAUACCCAAGUAUUAUGAUGGCACACAAUUUGUGCUACACCACAUUGGUGUUGCCGAACUCCAAGGAGAAGCACAGAUUAACACCGGACGCUAUAACCACGACUCCGUCGAACAAUCAAUUCGUGAAGGCUUCGGUGCGUAAAGGAUUGUUGCCCGAAAUUUUGGAAUCAUUGCUGACUGCCCGAAAGCGUGCAAAGGCCGAAUUAAAAAGCGAAACGGAUCCGUUCAAACGAAGCGUGCUGGAUGGUCGUCAAUUGGCGUUGAAAAUUAGUGCCAAUUCCGUGUAUGGUUUCACUGGUGCUCAAGUUGGAAAAUUGCCCUGCCUCGAGAUAUCCGGCAGUGUAACAGCCUACGGUCGUACGAUGAUUGAACAAACGAAGAAUGAGGUUGAAACCCAUUACACCAUGGCAAAUGGCUACGACAAUGAUGCAGUGGUUAUCUACGGUGACACCGAUUCGGUGAUGAUAAACUUUGGCGUGAAAACGCUCGAACGCAGCAUGGAAUUGGGCCGAGAAGCGGCAGAAUUUGUGAGCGCCAAAUUCGUAAAGCCAAUCAAAUUGGAAUUCGAAAAAGUCUACUUCCCGUAUUUGUUGAUCAACAAGAAACGGUAUGCUGGUUUAUAUUUCACCCGACCGGACACAUACGAUAAAAUGGAUUGCAAAGGUAUUGAAACGGUGCGUCGUGACAAUUCGCCAUUGGUUGCGAAUCUCAUCAAUAGUUGUUUGCAAAAGUUGCUGAUCGAUCGCGAUCCAAGUGGUGCCAUCGAUUUUGCCAAACAGGUCAUAUCGGAUUUAUUGUGCAAUCGCAUUGAUAUCUCACAAUUGGUCAUCACAAAGGAGCUGACGAAAAAUGAAUAUGCAGCCAAACAAGCGCACGUUGAAUUGGCGGCCAAAAUGAAGAAACGUGAUCCGGGCAAUGCACCAAAAUUAGGCGAUCGUGUACCGUACGUAUUGUGUUCGGCAGCCAAAGGUACACCGGCCUAUCAAAAGGCCGAAGAUCCAAUUUAUGUACUUGAGAAUUGCAUUCCAAUCGAUUAUACAUACUAUUUGGAGAAUCAACUAUCCAAACCAUUGUUGCGUAUAUUCGAGCCGAUACUUGGAGAAAAGGCCGAAUCAAUUUUGCUGCGGGGUGAACACACACGAACACGUUCGGUGGUUACAUCAAAAGUGAGCGCACUUGGUGCAUUCACCAUGAAGAAAGAGACGUGUAUCGGUUGCAAAACCGUAUUGCAACGAGGAUACGAGACCAGAGCCGUUUGUCAGCAUUGUGAAGAGAAGGAAGCAUCAUUGUACCAACAAGAAUUGACAUCGCAACGCUUUUUGGAGGAGAAAUUCUCGCGACUAUGGACCGAGUGUCAACGAUGCCAAGGUUCAUUGCAUGAAGAGGUGCUGUGCACAAGUCGCGAUUGUCCCAUUUUUUACAUGCGGAUAAAGGUUCAAAUGGAAUUGGACACACAGGAAAAACGUGUUCAACGCUUUGGUGUUCCAGCAUGGUAACCAGUUGUGGCAACCAACAAAUAAAACAUUUUCAAACUCCAUACACACAUUUUCUAUUCAUAUUUUUCUUAUUCACACUGUUAUCAUUCGUUGGAUAUUUGAUGAAACAAAACAAAAAUCAAAAGUACGAUGUUUUAGAAUAAGUUUUUCGUUUCGUUGUUGUCGAUGAAUUAAUGAAAACUAAAAUAUACAUCGUAUCAAUAAAAUGAUCUGUUUAACGCAUUGAAA